AUGACAAGAGAGUUGAUCACGACGUUCCUGCUGGUGCAGGCUAUCGCGAGGUUCGGUCGCGUGGCGGCCGCAGAGUCCACACACGCGGCUGACCAGUCGGCCUCAUCUGCGGUCCCGUCGGGACUUUCUGGGCCGGAUUACACGGGGCCAUCCGCCGGUUCCGACGAGUGCGACCCAGAAAUGGUGGGCUUCGAGCUAGUGACCGGUUACGUGUACACCGCGCCAACGAACAUGCUCGAGUCCAUACCAGGAACUCUGAUGCUCACCGACUGCCUGGAGAUCUGUCAGGCGAACGACUCCUGCCAGGCGGUCAACUACGAGACGGGCCUGUGCGUGCUGUUCAGCUCGAACGCGGACAGCAACCCAGGCGCGCUGUCCCAAUCGCAGUUUCCAGUGUUCACGAUCUACGCCCAGAAGAGCUGUUUGGCGGUGAAGCCGUGCGAGCGUGCUUGGUGCAUCGACAGGGUGCAGGGGCAUCGGUUGCAGGGGCACACGCGCAGAACGAUGACCGCUUCCUCGCGGCAGCACUGUCUCGAGCUCUGUUUAGGCGAGAGGGACUUCCUGUGCCGAUCUGCGAACUACGUGAACGCUACGAAGCAGUGCGAUCUGUCGGACAUGGACCGAUUGACGGUCGCAGGAUCGAACGCCUUCCAAUCCGCCAAGGGUUACGAUUAUCUUGAAAACCACUGCGUGGAUGAACCUGUCAAGCUCUGCGAAUUCAAGAAGCUCACGGGCCGCAUUUUGAAGACCGUCGACUCCGUCUACCAAGAUGUCGGAACCGCCGAGGAAUGCCGCGAACUCUGCCUCAACUCGCCCUUCCGUUGCCAUUCUUACGACUACGGCGACACCGGCGACAUGGUCUGCCGUCUUAGCCAUCAUUCCAGGGCCACUCUUUCCGACAUUCAGGAACCGUAUCUGGACGUGCCGGAGGGAUCAACGUACGAGCUGAGCUCCUGCUACAACGUCACCAUCGACUGCCGCGCCGGUGACAUGGUCACAAGGAUCCAGACCAGCAAACUGUUCUACGGCAAAGUUUACGUGAAGGGAUCGCCGAACUCGUGUGUGCAGGACGUGAAGGGCGCCCUGGAGUUCGAGCUGCGAAUGGCUUACGACGAUUUGGAGUGCAACAUCAGACAACAGGGCCUGGGUCGUUACCUGAACGACGUCGUGAUCCAGCAUCACGACACGAUCGUCACCAGUUCCGAUCUCGGGCUGGCCGUCACUUGCCAGUACGACCUAACGAACAAAACGGUGUCGAACGAAGUCGAUCUCGGGGUCCACGGUGACAUAACGCCGGCAUUGUCCGAGGAGGUGAUCGUCGACUCGCCCAACGUGGCCAUGAAGAUCACCGACCGUAGCGGAAACGAAGGCAUACCGUCCGCCGAAGUCGGCGAUCCCCUGGCGCUCAAGUUCGAGAUCCUCGACCCUAACAGCCCGUACGAGAUCUUUGUAAGGGAACUGGUGGCCAUGGACGGCGUCGACUCCAGCGAGAUCGUCCUAAUUGACACGCACGGCUGCCCUACUGAUCACGUCAUCAUGGGCCCGCUCUACAAAUCGGCUACGACUGGCAAGAAUUGA